GUAUCAAUUGUUUUUAAGCAAGAGCUAUAAGCAAGGUAUAAAAGUGGAUGCUGCUGUACUGAAUAUUUAUAGUUUUCUGCUGACAAGAAAAAGACGAACCACUAAAACGAAAAUGGUUUCCAAGGCUGUUGUCAUCUGCACCUUCGCCUUUAUGAUUCAGGCUAUCAGCGGCCAGAGUUGCUACAGAGCCUUUGGUUCCUCUAGUGACUGCAAGUCCAUCGUCAUUUCCAACAGCGGUGGCGAGAUGCUCAUCACCGCUCUCGGCCCCAUCUCGCCUUCCGGCAUCGCCCUCGCCACCGAGCUGGGUCUGUCCGGCGAUCUAAACCUGUCCGGCGAGCUGCCGUACCUGAGCGCGGUGGAGUUCCAGGGCCAGUUCGACACCAGAGGCUCGACUCCUGUAUCGUACGGCUGCGGGGACUGCAUCGCCAUCACACAGGAGCUCGGCAACCCGAGCGGCGUUAACGCCAACAUUAACUCUGGCUCCAAAAUCGUUAGCUGCUGCGGUUGUGGCAAAUACUAAGAAUUACACAUAAUUUUUACAAAUAAAAAAUUGUAUAUGAA